AUGCCCGUCACCGAAUUCGCAUCCAUAUGCCUCCGCCCCAGCUUCGACGAGCUCGACUUCCUCGAGGCGCUCAUGGAAGUCCAAGAAAUCCAAGACAGCUGGACGCGCAUAAACCACCCGUGCAACCUCGCGCCCAACACCAACCUCAGCAGCAUGUACAUUGAGCACAGCGAUCCGCCGUCGCUCCUCAUCACCGCGCCGUGGCACUCGCCCGACGCGCACGGCGAAUGGAUCCAGACGAGCGAGAACCAGACCUGCAAUGCGAAGCUGUCGCACUUUAUCCAGCCCGGCUGCGACGCCGUCCUGCUGAUACACUUGAGCCCCGCGGGGAAGGAGCAGCAACUACGAAGGGCGUUUUUGAACAAGGAGAGCUUCAACGUGGUCAGGAUUACGGUGGCGCCCGAGAAGAAGGGCAAGCUACAGGAGGCGUAUAUCAAGGAGGAGGAUAGGGUGGCUGCGCUGGAGGGGGAUCAGAAGCUCUGGGCGGGGUGGAGGAUUGAGAAGCAGCAUGGCGAGGAGGAGUUGGUUGUGUUUUGGACAGACGAGGUGGUCGAGGAGGAGGUGUGGGCGUUGACGGAGCUGGGGGAUAAGACUGAGCGGAGACGCUUUAGGCAUGUCGUGUAG